AUGGUCGCCAGCCUACUCGUAUGUAAAAGAGCUCGACGAGCGCGCUGCGGACAAACUAUUAGGACAAAACAAUCAUUGAGACUGCUGGAUAUUCCUGAUAAAAAUGGCCAUUAUCCAUUAAUGCAUGCUUGUGUAAAACUAGAUGCCGAGUACAUUUUACUUAACCAUGGUGCAAAAGUUGAUGCCACAACAGAGACUGGUCGAACAGCGUUGAUGGUAGCAGCAGGAUGUGGAUUUAAAAAAGCGUGUGUUUUAUUAGUAGAUGCUGGAGCUAAUGUGAACACGCGAGAUAAUAAAUGUAGUGUGCUGCACAAGGCAAUUGAUAGUAAUAAUGUUGAUACAGUUGUGUAUCUUCUACAAAAAGGAGCAAAAGCCACUGAGCCAGAUAAUCAAAAUUGGACACCAUUGUUCAGAGCUGUGAGCGUUAACUGUCAUCCCGAUAUUAUCAAGAGUUUAAUCGAUCACGGAGCAGAUGUCAAUGUCACAGACAAAGAAGGGACAUCAGCCUUAGCCAUGUCGGUGAUCCAUGGUAACUUGGCUAGUGCACAGCACCUUAUUCGUGCGGGAGCAGACAUUCAUACAACCACGAAGCAUGGGAAAACGUUGUUACAAUUAGCCAGUGCGAGUGGAAGAAAUGUAAGUUGA